GUUCCAUUUACCUACUUAGCGGCUUUCCUUAGAACGGAUAGAAGGAACUGUGUUUAUAAAGUGGAACUGUUAUUUUAAUUUCUAGCUCAUGUUUGCUUUUUGCUAAAAUCCAAUUAUUUAAUUCGUCAUGUCGAGGAGAGACGAAGAUGACUUUAGUGUCGAUGGAGACGAUGAUGUGGAUGAAGGUUUGUUACAACUACAAGAGAGGGGGGAUUUUAGUGUUAAUUUUAGCGGUUUAAAUAAAAUAACAUCGCCACGGGUUUUUUUUUUUUUUUAAAUGUAAGGUCUAUUGUGAUUUUAAAAAAAAUAAUUUAAAUGACAUUUAAUUUCAUUUUUAAUGGUAUUUUUGUUAGUCUCGAUGAAAACUGAUACAAAAUAAACCAAAUGUUAUGAACAAUUGUUGUUAAUUUUGGUAGUGUCGAGGGGUAUUUUCUCACGUUUGACAUUUGAGAAGCGAGUAAUGGCGCAUGUCAAGAGACCUUCAUAACUAGACUAACCCAAUACCCUUUUUUUUUUCUAGGUCAGAGUUCACUUAGAUGUUUUGCUUACUCCUAUCUUUAACAUUCCUCUCUGCCCCCUCUUUUCAAUUAAUAUAUAAUAUAUAGGCUCCAAUUUCUUUAAAAAAUCAGUUGUAGUAGUCAUUUAUGUCAGAUUGUCAGUGAUUCAAGUAUUUUAAGACACCUGUCAGUGGACUGAGUGGUCAGACAGUCUCAUACACUGAAAAUACUCAAAUCAUGUCAUCUUGCUUGGUUAUUCUAGUAUUAGUAUCUUUAUAUAUUAAUAAUUUGCUAAAGGCCUUGGGCUGCUUAGGCAUGGGAGUUUUUAAAGACUAAAUUUAGACUAAAAAUUAAAGAGACGCAGAUAGGGCCAAUAAUAAGUUGUUACUUUGUUUGCUAAAUAAUAUAUCAGUAUCUCACAAUACAAUCUUAAAAUUAAAAUAUAAAUAUAUAUGAAUAUGGCAUAUAUAGGCCUACUCAGUCUUCAUUAGUCAAAAUAAAUAACAGCAGGUCUAGUAGUAUAGUAGGCCUAUUAUAAUUAUAAAAUCAUAAUUAUUUUUUCAAUAAAGUAAUUUAUAUUAACUAUUUUGUAGACCUGAAAUCUCUGCGAAUAUAGCUAAAAUUGUAUCAACUAUCAUCGAUGCAGUUAAGGACAUAUAUAGGCCUACUCAGUCUUCAUUAGUUAAAAUAAAUAACAGCAGGUCUAGUAGUAUAGGAGGCCUAUUAUAAUUAUAAAAUCAUAAUUAUAAAAUCAUAAUUAUUUGUUUCAAUAAAGUAAUUUAUAUUAACUAUUUUAUAGACCUGAAAUCUCGGCGUAUAUAGCUAAAAUUGUAUCAUCGAUGCAAUUAAGGAAAGCAUGUUUUUUUUUUCUGAUUAUUAUUAUUAGCUAUAAAGAUGAUGAUGUAGAUAGAUAAUACUUAAUCCCAUGUCUAAGUUGACACCUGUCUUCUGACUUUAUUAGUAGUUUCUUUACUUGGGAUUUGUCUCCCCACCAUUCAUUUCUUCCUACCUCAGUUGACGUAACCAUUCCAUGGGCAAAAAUAACUAACAAAGCUAGAAUUUUAAUAUUUUUUUAUUUUAAAAGCCCCCUUAAUAAUUAAUAUAUUAUUUUUGUCUUAAUUUUUAUGUAUUAUGUAACGUGUUGGUAGUGAAAGGCUUUUGCCACAAUGUGCACAACUUCCCGUUUCGUGAAUAACUAUUCAUACAUUAUUAUUUUUCAAAAUGGAAACUAUUGCGUGCUUUGUAAGGAAAGUCAUCAGUUUGGCUAAAAGAAGAGAUUCUCAACUUUUUAUGUACAUAAUGAUAAUUAUAUAUUUCUGAGCCUUAAAUAUCACAACAGUGAUAUGAUUUGCCAUAAACAUACUUUGUUCAAUUCAUACACAUUUUAUUUUUCAUUAUUUAGUGGAUGAAGAUGAGGAUGAAGAGGAAGAAGUAGUUGAAAAACAACCAAGCAAAAGAGGACGAAAAAGAAAGCAGAAAGAAAGUGGUGAAAGAAAAAAACGGUCCAAGAAAAAAAAAAGAAAACAUGGCAGUGAUGUUGAGGUUUGUUGUUGUAAAUAAAGUUUGAAUAAUAAAUUCUCCUGUUUUUUAUUUUUAAAAUAUUGAUAUAUUGUUUUCACAACUAAGUUAUUUAUGAGUAAUGUUUGACAAGUGAGAACUAUGUUUCUAGUUUGUUUGCACUCAUGUCUGUUCUAAAAAAAUCAAUUUGAAAACACCACUCACUUUUUCUGUAAACUUUUUGACAUAUUCUUAUAUUAGGAAAGUGAAGGUGAAGCUUCAGAGGAUGAAAAGUCUUUUGGUUUCAAACCACUUAAAGAGAAGAAAAAGAAAGGGUCUUCAUCUCAAAUAACACCUCCACCAGCUCCAUCUAGACCAGCUCAAGUGAGUACUGGCUUAAUACUUGCAUGUUUUAAAUGUUUUAAUCUUUUCGUCUUUUGUAAGCAAAGCUUUUGUAUGAAAGUUUAAUAAUAUUAUUAGCAAAACAAUGUGGUAACUAUGGUUAUUUUGCUUGACUAACUUAGGUCGCUAAUCAUUUUAAAGGCAGUGGUUUAAAUAAGUUAUUAAUUUACUAACUUUAAAAAUAAUUUAGUUCAUCAUAUUUUCAUUAUGCAUCUUAUUUACAGAAGUCAUCUGAGGAGUUUUGUGAGGAGAAUGGACUCAAAAAUGUUAGCAUGGAAUUCACAGAGGAAGACUAUAAAACCAUUACUAAUUACAAACUUUUCAGUCAGCACAUGCGACCUACAUUGACCAAAGAAAAUCCAAAGGUAGGGUAGGUCUUACAUUUGUUUUUGUUCUUAUUUAAUUUUUUAUAAAAGAUUUGUAAAUAUAACCAGUUUAGUUGAUUAAGGUUAAUAAGACAUUUUCUCUUUUAAUUUAGAUCCCUCAGCAGAAACUUAUUAUGCUCCUUGGAAUAAAGUGGCGGGAAUUUGUUGCAAACAAUCCUUUUAAGAGUGAUAGACCCCCAGAUAUUCCAGCACCUGUUGUUGUUUCUGUUAAAACUCCAGUAGACUCUCCUGCCACUCCUCAGAGAGGUAACUUCUUCAAAUCCCUUCAGCACUAUUUUCUCUUAAUUUUAAAUUCAUUGUAUUGAAUGUGACAGAAAUUAUUUCUCAAACACAUACAUUUUCUGUAGCAGAGAUUGCAUGAUGUAAUAUUAUUAAGUAAUGAAAACUGUUCACACAUAGCAUACCAUCUUCUUUAAGAGCCAUGAAGCCUGAAAGUGUCAACAAAAAUGAAUGUGUUUAUAUUAAUAUUAUAUAUUUUUAUUAUAUUACAUUUUUUACUAAUAAACUUUUCUGACAUUUCAAAUACAUAGAUGAUUGAUUUAAUGUUCUUUUAAUGACAGAACACAGUGAUCAUUAGAUGAUUUAACAAUAACAUGUAUACUGUAGAUGCAGAUGAUGAUGACUCAGAACCUGGUGAAGAGGAAAAAAGUGGUUCAAAAAGAAAGUCAAAGUCUAAAAGGGCACAAGCUGUUGCACCAUUGAAAAUCAAGCUCACUAAAAAGAAACGGAGAAAGAAGAAUAGCUCUGUAAGGUUUUUUCGUUCUAACGUGAGUUAUUCAAACCUGUAGAUUCAGGGCUCGACAAAGACAUUUUAAUUUUUUUUUUACUAGGUAGGCAAUAUGGAAUCUAUCUGAAUUGUAUGCUACUGCAGACUUGAUUUCAUUGCACAGGAUAAAGUCAUUAUUUCAUUAAUAGAUGUUCUUGUCACAUGAAACUAAUGUCACAUCUUCUGUACUUUAAUGGAAUUUUAAAAAAUAAAAUUCAGUUUAAGGACAUAAGGUACACAGGGUAAGGGAAAACUUAUAAAAUAAAUAAAACAAAAACCAUAUCUGCAAAAAGCCUUGUUUAGCACAAAAAAAAUUGUUUAAGUUAAAAAUAAAGUUAAAAGAACAUCUCAUAGGCUGAAAGUUGUUUAUAAUCCGAGAAGAAACUGCAAAAUUUGUUUUCUUCUUCUUUCAAUUUUCCCUUACCUGUGUUCCUUUUUUACAACUUGAUCACAGUCUCCCCCUUAUCAUUCCUUGUGAAUUGAAGCUAAUAAUGCAUCAUAUCUAUAAAUAGUAUUUUACUGUUUUCUUGUUGGAAAAGAAAAAUUGUAUUCUCAAGUCAAUAAUUUAAACAAGUUAUUUUUGCUUUGAAUUUUUCGAGCCCUGUAAAUUUUAACUAAUUUGGUUCAUAUUAACUUUAUUAAACGGGAAAAUUGUAAUCAUUUGUUGUGACUUAAAACGGCAAGCUAUGGAAUAUAUAACCAAAUUAUAUGUCAUGUAUUGCUUUUAAAGCAGUAGAUAUGUAAUAUUGUGAUAAAUAUAGGAUGAUGAUGGUGAGAAAGGCUUCAACACAAGUGAUGAGGAAUUUGAACGACAGUUGGAGGAAGCAGCCAUGGUAAAGGAACAAGAAAAAGACAAAUCUGGGAAGAAAAAAACUAAAAGGGGACGUGGCGGAAGAAAAAAGAAAACCAAGUUGACCAGCAAAUAUCCUAAUGAUACUGAUGCAGAUGGUUAUGAGGUAGGGGCUAUUAUCUGAAAGGUGUGCUUAGACAUUGGUGAUAAAGAUUUAAAUUAAUUAAUAAGAGCGUUACAUCAUGAUGAAUUGAUGUUAAGGCUAGCUAUUUUUGUAAUGUAGCAUACAGCUUUUUAAUAUAAGGAACUGAGUUUAAGCUAAGUUUAGAAGUUUUGGAACAAGAUUUUUUAGGCUUGAAAUGGAAACUGAAAGCCACACAUUUUUUUUCAAACACACCCCCAAAUCAUAAUUUGUAAACUGGAUCUUGCCUUACUAUGACUUUUAUUGAAGAUAAAUUUAUAUAGAAAGUAGGAUAAUUAACAAAAACACAAAAAAAAUCAAUCACAACUUUUAAUAAGUCAGAAUUAGCUGUUAUAUACUGUUGAAAUUCUUUUAUAGUCUAUUUGUGACUUGCAUGUUAAUAUUGUAAAAAACUUUCAUAGGUUUUCCUUCAAAUUAGGUUAGACGUAUCUCCAGUCUUCAAUGUAUUUUACUGUUUAAAGAAGUUUAAAUUUCAGGGUGGAUUGAACAAUCAGUAUCCUAAAAAUGAAAAUCUGACCUUAACAUCACUGGUGCUUGUUGUAGUGUUUAUAUUUGAGCCUGAGAUGUUUGAACAGUACAACAAUCUUGUAAACAUUUCAGACAGAACAUCAAGACUACUGUGAGGUAUGUCAGCAAGGAGGAGAGAUUAUUCUGUGCGACACCUGCCCUAGAGCUUAUCAUCUGGUUUGUCUUGAACCUGAACUUGAAGAGGCGCCAGAAGGCAAAUGGAGUUGUCCUCACUGUGUAAGUUGUACUUUUGCUGAUCUAUUUCUUUUUAUUUAAUUCAAAUACUUUGAAUUUUCUAUUAGUGAUAAAAGGAAAGUAUUGUUAAUCAUUUUUUAAAAGUGCAAUCAAUAUUUGUAAUGAUUUUGACAUUGCUAAUUAUCCUAAAAAGUGUAAUUGUUUUUUAUUUUUUUAAUAUUAGGUUAACAUAAUAAUAAAAAAAUGUAACCAAUUUUUCAGGAGGGAGAAGGUAUUAAAGAGCAGGAAGAAGAUGAUCACAUGGAGUUUUGUAGAGUAUGUAAAGAUGGAGGGGAACUGUUGUGCUGUGACCUCUGUCCUUCUGCAUAUCACACACAUUGCUUGAACCCACCUAUUAAAGGCGUGCCUGAUGGAGAAUGGCAUUGUCCUAGAUGCUCGGUUAGAUUUGAGAUAUAACAGUUUUAUGUUCUAAAACAGCUGUUGUUAUUCAUUCAUAGUCUUAAGUAUCCCGUUUUCAUUAGAUUUAUCUUUAGUGGAAACCCCAUCUAUUACACUAGAUUUUUGAACUAAUGCCAGUAUAUUAAGACAAACCAAAAACCCCAAAGAAAGGAAAUAAAGAUUUUUUGAUGCACAUUAAAGAAUAGCUGUUGAAAAGUUAGUUUCAUGACAAAGUCCAUAAAAUUUUUCAUCCUCAUAAAAUCUAUUUAUUCUUGAAUAUUGCAUUACGAUUUCUUAACAUUUUAACGCUAUUUAAGAAAAAAAAUUUUUAGUAAUUAUUUAAAAAGUAAUUUAUAUUGAAUGCAAAAUUUAGCUAUUGAUAAAAAAAAAACUUUUUUAAAAAGAAAUGCAUAUUUCACUUUUUAUUAGUAAGCUUUGUAGACCACAUUUAUUUUAUUGAAAUAUAUUUUGUUUUUUCUGCAGUGCAAACCUUUGAAAGGGAAGGUUAAAAAAAUUUUGACAUGGAGAUGGUGUGAACCACCAAAAACAGAAGAUGAAUUAGAUCAUACACAUCAUGACCCACCAAAGAAACAGACCCUGGUAUGUGUCUCUAAUUUAAAGCUCUACAUAUAAUCAGUACUUGUUUUGAUAGGUCAUAAAUAGUAAUUUUAUAUUCGAUCUCAUUUUUUAUUAAAACUCACAAUAUUAUCUUGUUAAUCUUUUCUUUCUUAAAAAAAACAGAAACCCCUUCGUGAGUUCUUUAUCAAGUGGGCAGAUAUGUCAUACUGGCAUUGUUCUUGGGUAUCUGAGCUUCAGGUAAAAAUAUUUAAUAGAAAUAAUAUUUCCCCUUCUUAUACUGCUGUAGAAUUAUGGAUUGUGGUAGACUGAUUAUUAUUAGUCCAGGUCUUCUAAAUAUAACGUCCCAUAGAUACUUGUGAAAUGAAAGGAUGUGUCCCUGCCUUUCACAAGCUUCACUUAAUUUUAUUACAUAAAAGACUUCACAUAAAUAACCUGCAUAAAUGUAGAAAGACUCAAAUCACAUGAGAUGAAUCGUGGAAUACUACUUCAAUAUACCUCACUAUUAAUCAAUUUACUUUCUCAAGAAUAAUUCUAUUGUAAAAAAAGAAAAACCCACCAAUUUUCUGUUGUUACAGUAGCUAACAUUUUACAUGACUUGUAAUCUAGAAGAAAAACCAUUUUAAUAUGGAUAUGUUUCUCCCAUUCCCAGCUUGAUGUCUACCAUCCUGCUUUGUAUCGAAAUUAUAUUCGAAGAGUUGAUAUGGAUGAACCACCACCACUUGAAGAUGGUAGCAGCUAUAAAGACAAAAUGAAGGAGGAAGAUCCACACAACCUUGAGGAUAGAUUUUAUAGAUAUGGAGUACGUCCAGAGUGGCUGAAUAUUCACAGGAUUAUAAACCACAUGUAAUUAAUAUUUUCUUCUUGUAAUUAUAAUACUAUAGACCAAGUAAUAGAAUAUUUUCAGCAUUAAAGUUGUUUGACUUUUAAAAGUAUGUUAUUGAAACAUGGCGAUAUUAAUGUGCUAUCUUUGUGACAGCAUCUUUUUGUUAAAGUUAAUUUUUUAAUGUUUGAUUUUUGUUUUACAUAUCCUCUAUUUUUUCUAAUCCCUUUAGGGAGACAGAUAAGGGCACCUACUAUCUUGUUAAAUGGAGAGACUUGCCCUAUGAUCAGGCCACUUGGGAAAAGGAGGAUGCUGACAUUGCUGAUUUACAAAUUGCUACAGACAAUUACAAAAACUUGAGGUUUGUUACUGAAAUAGAAAAAUUAGCAAUUAUGAAAUUACAUUUUCCUUUCACUUAAAACCUUAUCAGAGACUUAAAUAGAACAGGACCUUUUUGCCACAAAUUUUCUUUGUUAAAUAUGCAUUAUUGAGGAACCUCAAGUUAAAAAAUAUAUAUAUUCUUGAUUUGGAGGAAACAUUUCACUUAAGAAAAAAGGUCAUAAUUUUAAGUUAAACAAAGUGGUCAAGUUACGAAAUAGUGGUUUUAAAUGAAAACAGAAGUAUACAUGCUUUAGAUUUUUAAAACUUUUGCUUUAGGCUUAUUAUGUAUGGCAACGAUGAGCCCCCAGCUCCCAAAAAAUCAGGCAAAAAAAGCAAAGGAAAACAGAAGAGAGAUAGGAGAGAACUUGAUGAAGAGAUUCUUUCCAAGAUGCCACCUGCCUACCCUACAACAGAUGUAAGAAAAUCUUCUUUUGGCUAAUCUUAAGUUCUUAAUUGUUUAAAUGAUAUAUGUUUCCUGAAAGAAUUGGUACUUUAAGUAGUGACUUAAAGUGAAACUUAUUUUUUGUGUGUAUAAUAGCUACCACAACUCCACACUUUCACAUUAUCAAAAUGUCUAUUUACAGCUGCGAAAACAACUUGAAAAACAACCACCUUAUCUUGAUGAAACAGGUGGCAACCUCCACCCUUAUCAGCUGGAAGGUUUGAAUUGGCUCCGUUAUUCUUGGGCCAACAAUACUGACACCAUUCUUGCAGAUGAAAUGGGUCUAGGAAAAACUAUUCAGACUAUUACAUUCUUGUACUCAUUGUAUAAAGAGGUGAGGGUUCUUCUUAAACUGUAAAAUGUAUUAUUAUACUUUUUUUAAAUGUGUUUGAGUACUUUUAAACACUAUAUUUUGUUUAUAAUUAAAUCAUUAAAAACUGGAUAUUUUUUUUUACAGGGCCAUUGCAAGGGUCCAUUUUUAGUGAGUGCUCCCCUUUCUACUAUCAUAAAUUGGGAGAGAGAAUUUGAGUUUUGGGCACCUGAUCUUUAUGUAGUCACAUACAUUGGUGACAAAGAUUCAAGAAUUGUUGUCAGGUAAGUUUUUUUUUUUUAUUUAUACAAACACUUUUUAUUAUUAAUCAUUGGUAAAUUAUUGCAAAAUUUGAUCCUUAGGGAUGAUUUAUGAAAUUGGGGGGCCCGGCCCACCAUGUCAACUUGGCUACCUGCGGAUGCCUGAUUUAUCGCAAAAUAAACAUUUAUUCUUCAUUCAAUUGACAGAUAAAAAGAUAUUUAAAAGUUAGGUGAGAGAAAAGAUAAACAAAUAUCUCCUUCGUUAAGUGUAAUUUUUUUUUAAAUUUUGAAUUUCAUUAUGUGCCAUAAUAUAAUUCCAUACUGCAUUUGGUAGGUGUUUAUUUUAAUAUUAGAUAUAAUUAUUACAUGUGCUCCGCAAAAGGAUUACUAGAUAUACAGGGAAGCCUUUUUUGAGGUUUCCCUCUCCAGUUUUAGAACAUAUUUUGUUCAUAAAAUUGUGUUACUUAACAAUUAUUAUAUUUGUAAAAAAAACUUCUUUCAGAGAGCAUGAGUUUUCUUUUGAUGACAAUGCUAUACGUGGAGGUGUGAAAGCAUCACGUUUGAAACAAGGCUGUAACGUCAAGUUCCAUGUUUUGCUGACAUCUUAUGAACUGAUAAGUAUUGAUGCAGCAUGUCUUGGUUCUGUGGACUGGGCUGUCUUGGUAGUAGAUGAAGCCCACAGGUUAAAGAAUAAUCAGUCAAAGGUGAGCUUAGAACUUAAAAAAUAAUAAUUUAAAUAAUUGAAAUCUUUUAACUGGGCAACUUUAAUUUGAUAGGCAAUGAAUUUAGAGCUUAUUUGAUUCUGGCUUAGUUUUCUGAUCAGCUGCUUAAACUUGACUUCUACAGUUUUUCCGUAUCCUGAGCAACUACAAAUUGGGUUACAAGCUGUUAUUAACUGGAACACCUUUACAAAACAAUCUCGAAGAGUUAUUCCAUCUUCUUAACUUUCUCACCCCUGAGAACUUCAGGUAAAAAAAAUAUUUAUUGCACCAUGUUUCUCAUUAAUCUAUUGUAAAUUUAAAUUAAUAUUAAUUUUUUUUUUUAUUGAAAGAAUUUGGGUUAACAAUCACAUCGUUUUCCUAAUUUUCACCUUUAAAUAUUUUUUAUAGAUGUGCAAGUUAUUUCAUCAAUAGUUUUUGUCACCAGGAAGUUCAACAAUAAUGUGGUUUGUAUUAAACUAUUUUUUUAAUUGAUAGUAACCUCCAAGGAUUCUUAGAUGAGUUUGCAGACAUCUCCAAAGAAGAUCAAGUAAAGAAGCUGCAUGACAUGCUUGGACCACAUCUUUUGAGAAGACUGAAAGCUGAUGUCUUAAAAUCAAUGCCCUCCAAGUCAGAGUUUAUUGUUAGGGUGGAGUUGUCACCAUUACAGAAGUAAGUUACUAACAUAAUUAGUAAAUACAGUAUAUAGUCUUCUUUACUCAUGAAUACAUACACAUUUGUAUUGUGUACUCUGGCUAUUUAUGCGUCUACAAUGAAAAUAACUUUUUAAAUGGACAUGAAUUGUUUGUUUUUUUCAAUUUAGAAAAUACUACAAGUAUAUUUUGGCUCGUAAUUAUGAAGCACUUAAUAUCAAGGGAGGCAGUAAUCAAACAUCUCUUCUCAACAUCAUGAUGGAUCUAAAGAAGUGCUGUAACCAUCCAUACCUUUUCCCAAUAGCUGCUCAGGUUGGUAUUGCAAUUAUUUUUCUCUCUAUUUUUCAACUAAUUGUUGGCAGGUUUUAUUUUUAAUUAUUCUGAGAUGUUAUGGAUAGUCUUCAUAAAAAAAUAUUUCAAAAGAUAUUUUUUUCUUCCAAAUUUCAUUCAAUGCAAACAUUUUUGCAGGAAGCCCCGAGAACACACAAUAAUGCCUUUGAAGGAUCGGCUCUCAUCAAAGCAAGUGGUAAACUUGAACUUUUAACAAAAAUGUUGAGGGAACUUUUUACUACCGGUCACAGAGUGCUCAUUUUUUCUCAGGUGAUUAAUUGAAUUUAUUUUAUUCUUUUUUAACUAAUCUUUUAGACAUUUUAAAAUAAUAUAAUGUUAAAACAGAAGCCAUAGUUAAUAAACACUAUUCAUAACUCCAUUUAUUAUUUUUUUUAAAAACCUUUCGUGAUUUUGAUUUAAACUUAAGUAAAAAGUGAAACAUAUUUUUAAAUCUGUCAAGGGUCAUUACAAAAUAAUUUUUUUACUUUACAAACUGAAAACAUCUUACCACAAAACUUUAGUAACCAGGAAGAUGACAUUUUUAAUUAAAAUUUAAUGAUAAUAAAUCUCAUAAUAAACUCAACAGAUGACCAAAAUGUUGGACUUGCUUGAAGAUUUCUUGGAAGCAGAAAACUAUCGCUAUGAAAGAAUAGAUGGUGGAAUUACUGGAAGCAUGAGACAAGAUGCCAUCGACAGAUUUAACUGUAAUUUUUUUUUUAAACACCCUUAAAAGCAUUAGUUAAAAACAGACUAAAAGUGUAGAUAACUUUUGCCAUUAGGUUUUUUACAUCCUUUAAAUAGCUUAACAAUUAAAUAGCUUAACAAUGAAGAAGGAGACUUUACAUAGUUCUGUGUGUAAUACCUAUCCUCAGCCAAGGAAGCUCCAGCUUUUGUUUUCCUGUUGUCUACUCGAGCUGGAGGGCUUGGAAUAAAUCUUGCCACUGCUGACACUGUCAUCAUCUAUGAUUCUGACUGGAAUCCUCACAAUGAUAUCCAGGUAAUUAACUUGUGUUCACAAUAUAUUCAAUUUAAAUUUCAUAACAUCAAUUAACAGAAGCCAUUUUAAUAAUGAUAUUGAAUGAUUAAAGUUUCUUAUCCUCCAUUUUAAACUGGACUUUGCAGGCUUUCAGUCGCGCUCACAGAAUUGGCCAAGCAAAUAAGGUGAUGAUUUAUCGCUUUGUGACUCGAAGUUCAGUUGAAGAACGCAUCACUCAAGUUGCCAAACGCAAAAUGAUGUUGACCCAUUUAGUAGUUAGGCCAGGUCUAGGGAACAAAGGUGGAGCAAUGAGUAAAAAAGAACUUGAUGAUAUCCUUAAGUUUGGAACUGAGGAACUAUUCAAAGAAGAAGAAAGCGUAAAGGAAGGUAAUACAUAUUAGAUUAUAGCCCUACCUAUAGUAUGUUUUACAUACCGGUAAUAAUUUAGUUCAGUUAUUGUUACAAUUAGGGGUGCACUUAAAGCAAAUGGCCCAUUACAGCAAUGAGGAAAAUUGUAUUGAUUGUACAAGGUCAUUAUUGUGUUACUGGAUGGAAGCUGAUUUUUGGUGCAACCUUAUUUGCAAUUUAAUGAUAAAGUUAUGAGAAACAGUAGAGCAAAUUUUUUUUUUUAAAUUAUUUUUUUGUUUUGUUUUGCUAAUGAUGAAAUUUAUUUUGCCAUUUUCAACCUUUUAUUUAAAGUACUCACAAGAAGUUAUAUACUGCAAUUAAAUUCCUUAUGCUAGAAAUUCAGAUAACAGUGCUUUUAUAAAAAUCCUCAUUUUGAACUAAUUUACUAUACAUUUUACACGUAGUUGCUUCUAGUUAAGACUCAAUUUAUUUGUCUUGUGUUAAAAAGUUUAUCUAUAUACAAUUUUUUUUUAAAAUGUGCACUGCAGGAUCUGAAGACAGAAUCGUCUAUGAUAUGGAAGCAAUUAGAAAGUUGCUUGAUAGAACUCAAGCAGGCCAGGAGGAGAAAGAGAUGGCAAUGAAUGAAUAUUUGAGCUCUUUCAAGGUGGCAAACUAUGUAAUCAAGGAAGGAGAGGAAGAGGUAGGAUAUUUUAUAUUCUAUUUUCUUUUUAAAUGAUAAUUUGAACCUGUAAAACCAUAAAAUAACCAGCUUGAGGGAGGAAAUGGCAAUAUAUUAUAUUUGUUAACCCUUCUUUUAUUAAAUGUUUAGCUCAUGGUUUUGUAGUUCAUUUAAAGGUUAAUGUAUAUUUUUACAAAAAUUAAAGAAAGCCUCAAAUUUUCCACUGCUUUAGUUUUGUACUUAGAAUUUAAAUAGUUGACAGUUUCAUUUAGUUAUUUGUUUUUACUUAUAUUGGAACACUUUGAUAGACAAGGUGACAUAUUGCCAUGGUACCCCACAUUCUCAGCAUUGUUUUGAAUGUCUUUAAAGGAAGAUUGUUUUUAGGGAUUUUUUUAAAACUCUUAAGUUACUUUAAAAAAAUUUGGAAAAAUAAGUUCAAAGUUACCCUUAUCACCAGGAGGAACCUGAAACUGAAGUUUUGAAACAAGAAGCUGAGCAUGCAGACCCUGCAUACUGGGAGAAACUUCUGCGUCAUCAUUAUGAACAGCAACAAGAGGAUCUGGCCAGGACGCUUGGAAAAGGCAAGCGUAUCAGAAAACAAGUCAAUUACAAUGAUGCUAUGAGUGGUCAUGAUGAGGAGGCUUGGAAGGAGAACCUCUCAGAUUAUGAUUCAGACUUCAGCCAAGGUAGAUUUUUAUUUAUUUUAAGGGUUUAUUCCAAGGAUAUGGGGGUUAUGUGCUCUAAGAUGUCUACACUAACUUUUUGUAAACCUUUAUGAUAGAAAUAUUCUAAUUAUAAAAAAAUAUAUAUAAUUUUUUUGUUUUUGUUCCAUAAGCAAAAGUUGAAGUCAUGCCAAAAAUUUUGUUAAUUUAAUUUAGGCUAGUGACACUCCUGCUACUUAAAUGCACAAGUUCAAAACACACUGACAUUCUAGACUAUUGUACCAUACCAUAUUAUUAUGUGAUAUUUCUUGCAAAUAACUAAGCUCAACUUGCACAAAAAAUUAAUUCCUUCUUCACGUUUGAAGAAAGCUUGAAUAUGCAUUUGGGCACAAAUUCGCGGUCUUACUUUUAUUUUUUAAAAUGCCUUUUUAAAAAAAAAAUAUUUUAACUUUUAUAUUGUAAAAGAUAACAAAAACCACUAUGCUUUAUAUAUUUCCUUGAACAGAUCUCUGAGAUUAAAAUAUUACUGUGUGAAUUUUAUUUCAGUUAAUGAGGAAGAUGAUGAUGAUUUUGAUGACAAGCAAGAAGGUCAAACAGCAAGUAAGUUUUUUCCAUAUUUAUAGAGAUAUUUUUAAAUGUACUUUAUAGUCUUCUUUAAAUCAUUCCUAUUCAAAAUGUUACUUGCUUCAAUAAUGUCCUAUAAGCUCAUGUUCUCUUAGAUAUUUUGAACACUGCAUCUUAUUAUGCUUCUUGUUUUCAAUCAUAGCUCGCAGUCGAAGAAGAAAUGAAAAGGAUAAACCACUGCCACCGCUGUUAGCCAGGGUUAAUGGUCAGAUUGAGGUAAGUAUACGCCAACAAGUUAUUCUGAUGACCGCUGUCCAAGUUGAUGGGUUAGCAGAAGCAAAGAAAUGGCUUAGCCCUGACCUAUAGGACAAAUAUUAAUGACCAAUAGCUGAUAAUAUGAAACAUGACCGCAAGAAUCUGUUGUGUUUAAAGGCUCAGCUGUACAAACCAAUGAAAGUUUGGCUCUUGUUUCUACUCUUAAUUUAAUAAAAAAAAUUAAAAUCAAUAUUUAACUUAAUCAAUCUAGAAGUAGCAUACUCUCACGAAUUGAAUCAAUGUAUUUACUUGACAGGUUCUUGGUUUCAAUGCACGCCAAAGAAAAGCUUUCUUAAAUGCUGUCAUGAGGUGGGGAAUGCCACCACAGGAUGCCUUUAAUUCCCAAUGGUAAUUUAUGGAGAGCUCAUCUGUUUUACAGCAAACAUUAGCUUCAAGUCUCAUUCCGGUUUUGUGAACAUAGAUUGAAUUAGUUAACGUAAUUUAGAGAGCUAGUGAACAAUUUUUGUUUAUUGUACAUCUUGAUCAUUGUAGUAACACAUCUUACUUUAUUAUUGCUGGGUCUGGUUAUCAAGUUUCCUUCAAGUGUGUAUCUUUUCAUCCUCUCAUCACAUUCAGAAGUAAAAAAAAAAAACAUUUUUGUUUUCAGGCUUGUUCGUGAUCUUAGAGGAAAGACAGAAAAAGUCUUCAGAGCUUACGUUUCACUAUUUAUGCGACAUCUCUGUGAGCCGGGAGCUGACAAUGCUGAAUCAUUUGCAGAUGGUGUUCCAAGGGAAGGUUUAUCUCGUCAGCAUGUUUUAACAAGAAUCGGUAUCAUGUCUCUAGUAAGGAAGAAGGUGAGUGUACUUGAAUGUCCACAGUCAUAACGACAGCCCAAUCCUAAUAAAGAAUUUGUACUUUUGAAAUGACUUUUGAAAGCAUUAAUCUAUUCCUCUGAAUUCUGUUAUUUAUUUCUAAUCAAAGGUUCAAGAAUUUGAAUUGAUCAAUGGCACACAUAGUAUGCCUUAUGUCAAGGCAGGUGAGGCUAUUGAAAAACUUAAAUCUGAAGCUGAGGCAGAAAAGGCAGAAAAAGAUGCCCUGAAAGAUGCCCAGAAAGAUGCUCAAAAAGAAGAAAAACAAAAGGAUGAAGAAAAGAAAGAUGAUGAUGCAAAGAAUGAGGAGAAACUAUUGGAAGAUGACACAGUUAUAAAGAAAGAUGAAAAUAAGGUAUGGCUAAAUACCUCUCUGGAUUUUUCUUUUCAUAGUCUUUUUAUAUUUUGACAUAAAAAAAUAAUAAUUGUUCAACAGUGUAUAUAUCAAAUUAGUUAAUAAAAAUAAUAUAAUUGUUAUUUUAAAUUCUUACUUUGGCAAUCUUAAUAAAUUAUUAUCGAACUAGUUCUUUGAUUUGCUCAGAAUGGUCAAAAAAUAGUUUUCUUAAUUAUUGUACUAUUGAUUUAAAAAAAGGCUGAAACAUCUGAUGAUAGUAAAGAAGAAAGUAUGGAGGUGGAUGAUAAAAAUAAGGAUGAAAAGAAAGAACCGAACAAGGAAGUCAAAGCAGAAGGUGAUGAAAAAGAAUCUGAGAAACCAGAGAAGAUGGACAUAGAUUCUCUUGAAAAGGGUAAGCCUUCUUUAUUAUGGUAGCCAUUUUGUGUCAUUCACAAAGUCAUGAACUGUUGGAUGCUCACUUACUAUUAUAUUUUAUGACUUGGGUAUUAAUUGUAUUAGAAUUAGGCCCACUUAGUAUUUUUUACAUUUUUAAAAAUAAUAUAUGAUCAUGUACUGCAGCAGUUUCACUAGAUUGCAUUCAGUACAGCUAAUAAUAAAUUAACUUAAUUGAAACGAUUACUUUUCCAUAAUUUUGUUAAAAUACAGCUAAAUCUCAAUGAAAAGACCAUGUCAGUUGUGCAGUUUCUACUUCAGUAAAAUGUUAUGUAACCUAUAUGGGUCUGAUUAAAUCUGAUACAUUAUUUUUAAUUUAAAAAAUACCGUAAACAUGUCAUAUUUUCGUUUGGACUUAUUACUUUUUUUGAGUUUUAAUGACAUCUGUUGGAAUUUCAAACUCAAAAUAGAUAUAUUGUGCCACAAUAAAAUACGUUACAGAAAACUGAAGGGGAAAGGCAUUAAAUAUUUAUUUUAUUAUAGAUGCAGAUAAAGAGAAGAAAGAUGCAGAAGAGGUAAAAGAUGAUGAGAAAGAGGAAAAGAAAAAAGAAAGCAGUGAAGGUACUUUCAGUCUCCACAAAUUAUUUUGAACAAAGAGUUGUUUAUUUUUAAAUAUAUCUUAAUAAACUAAAAGAGAAGAAAGAAUGUAAGACCAAAUUUUUAACAGUUUUUUUUUAAUGUUUUAAAAAUUUUAUAGAAAAAAAUGAAGAAGCUAAAAAAGAUGAUGAGAAAAAAUCUGAGGACCAAAAAGAUGAUGAGGAUAAGAAAGAUACGGAGGAGUUCAGGAAACAAGAUGAACAGUUUCAGAAAUUUAUGUUUAACAUUGCGGAUGGUGGUUUCACUGAGCUGCAUACACUAUGGUCUAAUGAACAAAGAGCACUUACAAAAAGCAGAGAACAUGAAGUCUGGCAUCGCCGUCAUGACUAUUGGCUCUUGGCUGGCAUAAUAACGUAUCCUUUUAAACCUUACAUUAGAAAAUCAUUAGUUGUCAUUUUAGUCUCUUCUAAUUAACUAGAAUAUAUGACCCGGUGUGUGGUAACAAUGGAAGGCAUAUUGCACUACUUUCCACCUGCUGUUGCGAAGUUUCAUCUAAAAAUCCUUUUAAAAAAACCUAUUUUAACUGAAUCAGGUUUUAAUGUAUUGUAUCUUCAUCCUCAAUGUGUCAAUACCUUUGAAAUGCAUUUUAUGACAUAACAUGUUUAUUUUGAAAGAAAAUAUAAAAUCUCUUUUAAUUACCGUAAUAUCAUACGAUUUUUAAAUAUAUGGUUAUUCACAAAAAAUGUACACAUCCUCUUUCCUCCAACUAAAGAAUGUUUGCAGUACAAAGUCAAAUUAUUUCAUUUGUCUUAAAACUUUUUUUUUUUUUUAAUACCAAUUUCCAGUCUGUAACCUAUUUCAAUUUUCAAAUAUUGCUACACUCGUCAAAUGCAUCCACCCAUGUUGUGGCAUAUCUUGUGCUGACUUGGACAAAGUAAAAAAAAAUUUAAGUGGGGUGUGUUAAAACAAUAGCUUGCAACUUAAAAAGCAAUUUUAUUUUGUGGUGGAGAUUUUCAGUUUUGUAACUCUUGAGUUUAUGCUGGCGAUUUGAGUGUUUAAAUUAAGAACUCAUAAAAUUAUUUAAAUUAAGUUCUUAUAAGAUUAUUCUUAUUUUUUGUGCACUGAAUUCAAGCAAAAAGGGGAUAUUGGUUAGAAUAAAUUGAACCAUUAACAAAUUUAGAUUUAAUCAUGGAGAUCAUAAGCACAGCAAGAUCACCAUAACUCUUUAACUACCAUGAACCGCUGGGAGCGGCUCGGCGAUUCUUUCGUUAUGGCUACGAGCCGCUGGUAGCGCCAAUGUUAGUAUCAUAGUAAAUCAAGUCAAAUAUUUAUAUUAUUCCGUUUCGCUUCAAAUUUUUAAUUUACUGACAGGAUGUUUAUAUUUGAAACGCAUGCUAUGGGCAGAAUUUAAAAAAAAACUAAAUGUUAAUUAGUUUUGAUUUAAUUUCUUAGCUAGUUACAACAUUGUACAACAUGUUUACCACAGCAACAAGUGACAGGGUUACUAAAGCCAUAUAAGUGAUUAGAAGUGUAAAUAUUUUUCAAUUUCUGUGUUCUUUGGUGAAUUUUUCUUAUUAUUGGAUAUACUAUCUGGAAACCACCAAAUAAAAAGCUUUAAAUGAUUAGGAAAUUAAACAUUUAUACAUAAGUUGGCACAUCAAUAUAUUUUUUUUUUUUUCUAUCGAAAAUACUAAUUUAACAAUUAAUAAUUUCCUAACCAAAUUUAACUUUACAAAUGUUUUAAGCUUAUAUUACAGACAAUUAAAUUACCUACAAAAUAGUUUAUUAAUCAUUAUAAUAUGUUUAUAAUUAAUUAAACUGCAACUAAAAUUGUACAUACACCUAAAAUGAGAGAAUGUGACCUAGAUUUAAUUCUGCCACAGCAGGUAUUUCAAGCUGGUAGUUAAUCAGUUAAAGUAGACAUCUUUACCAGCAAUUUUUCAAAGCUCAAAAAAGGCAAUUCAAAAGCAAAUACGUCAACUACAUAUUCGGGAUGGAUAUAGAACUUAUUUGUUUGUGUAUAAUUUACUAAAACGUGCAGAAAAAACCCCAGACUUUUGGUAAGAGGCCCCAUACAAACUUUUUCACGCCCCUGAAGCACAAAGAAAAUAAUUAUUAUAUAACUCUUUGGCUGCGGAGUUUUUUUUAAGAAAUGAGUGAGAGGUUGGGUUUAUUAAAAAAUAUAUAAAAUAUUAUUUUUUGGUUUAUAAGACUAAACUUGGUAUCAGAUGAAAGAUAAUUGAAUGGACUAUAUCUUUGUAAAUUUAUUUCUUCAGUUUAAAUAAAAUAAGUAACAGAAAAGUACACUAAAAUGUGAAAACAUUUUAUGCUAAACCAUUUUUUCCCCAAACCCUAUGAUGUAUGCAUACUCAUCUUCACUUCUAUGACUCAAAUUCUCUAAAACUACUAAAAUCGGAAUCAUGCAAUUGAUCUAAAUAUAAAUCAUCUUCACUAUCAAAAGAAAUAGUAUAAAACAAUUCAAAAGCUUUUUGUCUAGGAAACUGGCCUACCUACUAGGGCCUAGGGUAGCCAUAGCAACAGAAGAAAAUAGUAAAAAUAAUGCUUCAAAUGACAACUAAUAAAAAAAUUAUUUAGAAUUUAUUAUAAUAAUACUUACAUAUUAAAGAUUACUUAUACUUGCAUAAAAGCAGAUACAUUUUAUCAUAUUUAAGUUGAUUUUAUUUCCAAAAAAUUCCUAUCAUUGUUUUUAAGAAUUCAGCAUUAAAUGGUCACAUUAGCUAAUUCUUAUAUAUAUAAAUAUAAUAUUUACCAAUUUAUAAAAUUAUCAAUCAUAAAUAUGCAAUCUUCCUUAACCUAAUACAAGUCAUGGCUAUGGCCGCUGGCAAGACAUACAGAAUGACACUCGUUUUCAGAUCAUCAAUGAACCAUUUAUCUCAGAGCAGGGUAAAGGUAACUUUUUGGAGAUCAAAAACAAGUUCUUGGCUAGACGAUUCAAGGUGAGUCUAAUUCUUGGACUAUGUAACCUUCAUCCCUAUAAUAGACAUAUUUCCUAUCGUUCAGUUUCCAUUGUGUUAAUUAAAUUAGAUAUAUGUGAACAUUAUUUUUCAUUUAGUAUUUAUAUUUUCAUCCUUAUUACACUUAUCUGAGUGCAUAUGGGUUUAUGCAAAUGAAAGCAAAACCACCAUAUAAAAAAAUAUAGGCACAUGCAGAAGUUUAAUAUAACUUUAAGUAAUGUGUAACAGUGAAUAGUGAAAUUAUUUGUGUGACAUUGAAAUCUUCAAUAGCAAUAACUUUAAUUAACUCAGCUCAGGCUAUUUAGUGUAAGUGUAUUGGCUAAUCACUUUGAUUUGAUUCUAGCUGUUGGAGCAAGCUCUUGUCAUUGAAGAACAAUUGAGACGUGCUGCAUACUUGAAUCUAACACAAGAUCAUGCCCAUCCUGCCAUGGCCCUCAAUGCCAGGUAAAAAUCAAUUACUUGAUGGUUUCUCAUUGCUCCUUGUAGAUAUGAAAAGCUAGUACCAGGUUUGCUUUUAUUGACAUAUUUUAUUGUUACAUUUGGGGAAAGAAAGAACAAAAGAUGCUUUGUACCAUCUUGACAUAAGUUUUAUAAGUUUAUGCUUCUUUUAUUUGUUAGAUUCGCUGAACUGGAAUGUCUGGCCGAGAGUCAUCAGCACCUAAGUAAGGAAUCGUUAGGUGGAAAUAAACCUGCAAAUGCAGUUCUUCACAAAGGUUAGUGUUGAAAAAACUCAUUAGUCCAAGUUAAUUGUCUGGCAAAUGUGUUUCAAUUAAAAAUACAAAACAAAAAAAAACAAAAAACAAAAUAUACCAUGCACAAACUCUAGAAAUUAAAGUAUUAGUGCAGCAAAAAAAAUGUUGAGUAAUUCCAACUGAAAAUUCAAAGAUUUGUUUGUUCACUUUUUGUAUAUUAGUGUGUUAUAAGCUGAUUAAAUGAAUCUAUUGAAUGUUUUAUUAUUGUGCUGAAGUUGAGCAGGCCUUAAAAUUACCCCAUCUUUAUUUACAGUUCUCAAUCAACUGGAGGAGUUAUUGAGUGACAUGAAGCAAGAUGUGUCCCGACUGCCAGCAACCUUAGCAAGGGUUCCCCCUGUCACUCAAAGACUUCAGAUGUCCGAGAGAAACAUUCUCAACAGACUCGUGACACCUAGCGUGAUGCCAGGUGCUAACCUCCCACAGCAGCCCCAGAUGCAGACGCAACAACAGCAGCUUCACCAACAGCAGCAGCAGCAACAACAGCAGCAGCAACAGCAGGCAUCCACAUCGAGGACCAGUAGUCCAGCUUUGGUAAAUCCUGCUUUAACAGGUGAGUGUGUCACAGCCAUUAAUAGUUCUAACUUCUUUGUCAAGUUCAUAGACUUUUAUAAUUUCUUUUAAAGUCAUUGCGUUACUUAGUCUGAAGAGAUACUUCUACUUCCACCUUCAGAUGGGGAAUUAUUUAUUCAACACUACAUUCUUACAGCAUGAAACAUUUGUUAACUUUAACAAGUAUUUUUUGUUUGGUUUUAGCUGCCAAAACCAGUGGUAGAAACUCACCAGCUGGAUCAUCUAAAUCACCAGCACCAACCUUAGGUUAGUAUGUAUGCCUUUAUACAAUCUUUUAUUAUUAUUAUUUUAUUUAUUAUUUGAAGGAAAUUCCUUUGAACAGAAGUUUGCUCAAAAUUCAAUUUGUUCAACCGAGAUUUAUUUAUUUAAUAUUUUUUAAGUGAGGUUGCAAAUGAGAAAUGCGGAAAAUACAAAAAUAAUUAUUUUUGUUGUUUUUUUUACCAUUAUUCAAUUUUGAAGAAACUUCCGUCAAGCCAUUUUUCUUUUCAAAAUUUUCCUUCCUACAAAUUGCCAUUACCUUAAAUAUUUUUUUUUGUGUGUGUUUUGAGGGGUAGCUUCUCGUCAUAUUUCAUUUAAAUUACAAACAAAUAGCCAUUUUAAUAGUCAAAGUAGUAGUAGGGUUCUUUGAUUCUGUCUGCUUUAAAAAGGGUAGGGGAUUAUGGUUAAAUAAAUGUUUCUAAAAUGAAUAUGCUAUAAACAUAGUGUCCACUGUCUAUUUUUCUAACCUGCAGAAAAAGAUGAUGACACAGCAAAGAAGGCAGAUGCUGAGAAGGCAGAGGAAAAGAAAUAAUCUGUACAGAUUUUAGUGAAAAAUGUUCAGGGGAAGAUAAUCUUCCUUGUCAUGAUCCUAGGGUUGCACAAUAAGCUUACUGUCGGCUAUAAUGUAAAUCUGUUGUCCUAUGAAAAUAUGUAUUAUAUUUAAUAGUGGGUUGUUUUUAUUAUUUCAUAAUUAAUCGGAAAUAUAAAGCUAUUGUUGGAGAGUAAACUUAAAUAAUUAGUAUGACCUUGGGAAGAAACAGGCGUCACCACUGAUUCCCAAGCAUUUGAUCUUUGGACAUUAACCUCUGAUCACGAUUUUAAAAUAGACCCUAGUUAUUCACAUUUUUUUUGCUGACUAACUUGUGAUGACAAAAAUUCUGUUCAGAAAUGUGCCAUUGAUAAAUGCAAGCUAUUUGAAGAGAUAUGAAGAGGUUCACCCAUUUUCAAUUAGUUUUGUCAAAUUAGGCAUUUACUGAGAUCCCAGUUUUCUGGACUUUAUAUUUGGUAUUCUUUGUGGCACUGGGCAGUCGUUGCCGUAGGCAACUGCCAAGUUUUGCUGGAGGGAAAAGGGAUAAAGGACAUGGAUAGAGCACACAGAACUUGCAUUUGUAUUCUGGGACAAAAAUAAUUAAAUGAAAUAAAUAUAUACAGGAUUCUAUUCAAACCAUCUUGACUUACAGCUCACGCCUGGGUAGAAUUUUCUGAUAUACAAAAGGCGAUUACAGUAAAAAUUAAAAGGCCGAUACUGAUUAAGUGGCAAAAUGACUAAAAGUCAAUCUUUCCAUUAAUUGCUGCAACCCUAUUUGAUUGGUGGCCACAGAGUAAUACCUGGUGUCAUCUUUCCAUUAAUUGCUGCAACCCUUUUUGAUUGGUGGCCAUGGAGUAAUACCUCGUGUCUCAACUGUUCCAACCAUUAUAUUUGUUAACCCUGUGAAUGUUUUUGAAUGGUCCAGUUCUAUAUUUUUAAAAAAUAAUUAGCAUUAAAUAAAUUAUAAAUGAUGCUUUGUAAGACAGGAUACAACAGUUGCUGUUGUUGAAAGUGUCAAAGUAAUGAAUGCCAGCUGGAUGAUAGUGGUAUUUUAAAUGCUUUAUUAACUUAACUUGAUCUCUUUACAAUUUUAAAAAAAAAAUGUUUGUAAUGGUGAUGUGUAAAUUCAUCUCAUGUUGAUGUCAUGUCUGUUGUAAAUGUUACCAGGUGAGAAGGAAGCUUUCAGAGAAAAGACGUCAUUUGUAAGAACAAUACCAUUAAUAUGUAAUGUAUUCUUGUAACAUUUUUUGACUUGCCUAUGUCAAGUAAAUAAAGGGUCAAAUGUUUCAUAGUCAAGCUGUAAAACUCUGGGCAUAAAUGAAUGUACCAGUUUAUGCUAGUGUUUCAUGUAUUGAUGUUGAGUUCCUCAAGAUGAUAAAUGCCAGUUGCAUUAAUUCAACUCAUCACAGUUUUUAAUUAGGUGAUCUAUUAACCAAAAAAAACAAAAUAAUAAUCCAGUUUGAAAUAAAUGCUUCAAAC